UGAUGAACUAGAUACCGGUCAUUUGAAACUGACCAAUCGUAAUGAGCCCUCAUUCGGAUGAUGAUGAUUUUCCUGCUAAAGAAGAGGAUGAAGUGUCCAUUCCUCGCGCUUCGCUUAAUAAGUUUGUCAAGGAGGUACUACCAGAUGCACGGUUAACUACAGAAACACGUGAUCUUCUCCUAAAUUGCUGUCAUUGUUUUAUUCACAAAUUGGCUACGGAAGCUAAUAUCGCAUGUUCUAAAGCUAAUAAAAAGACUAUAAGUCCACAGCAUAUACUUGAGGGUCUGGAUGCCAUGAACUUAUCUUCCUAUAAAGAACAUGCUGAAGUGGCUUGUCAGGAAGCUAAAGAAGAAAUCAAAGGUCGAAAAAUGCUUAGUGCUAGUUAUCGGUUUAAACACCAAGACAGCGAAGAGUUGGAAAGACUAGCUAAAGAACAACAAGAAAUUUUCGAACAGGCUAGGGCUGAUUUCAUUGGGGAACGGUUAGACAGAGAAGACUUGUUGGCAGCUUCAAAUUGUGCUGCAUCAGACCUUAGUAACUACAUGAUCGGACAUGGAUUAUCACAGUCUUGUAAUUAUCCAAAUGUUAACUCUGGAGAUAUUAAUUCAGCAACUGAAUCAUCUACUUUGCCUACAGCUACUGGAUCCGGACGAAUUUUAGGCUCUUCAGUCAUUGGAGAUGAUGAUAAUUAUGACGAAUAACUAUCCUACUGAUAUGUUUUCACCGUGUCUGUAAAUCAAAGUGAUAACAUUACUUAAUGUAUAGAUUACUGUUAUAACAUAUAUUGUUUUAUGCGAAUUGAAAUGCUGGUUAAGUUGUCAACUUGUAUUAAACAGGGUUAAAAACCGACUUCAUAUAUCAGUGUACUGAUAUUUUUCUAAACAUACGAAAUUAAACUACUUGACUCAGUUACAGAUU